GACAGUUGUGUUCCCGAUGUUGCUCGAGGAGAUCGUUGAAUUCCGACCCUAGACUUGUCGCGUGUUUGCUUGCGUGCCACAACACAACAGAAACUUCUUAAGACCUCCACUGCUCGAUCGCGUGUGAGAGAACGAGUGAUCGGUACACUCAGUCAGGCUCAGGUGUCCAACGGAGAUCUUGGAGCUUGGGAAGGUUUUGAGUGCCAAGGCGCAUUCCAGCUUCGAGGGGGCCGUAUCUGGGUCUUGGGAAGUUAGUCAUCUGUGGUCGCUGGAGUUUGACGCAUCUCUCUCCAGUUCGGAAAGGUGCCGUUUUGGGUGUUUUGUUUCGUCGUCGCGUUUGAGCGGUUCUUUCGGGUCUAAUCAUCGAUAGAUCUUGGACUAGUUCUUCGGACCGUGUGUGACUCUGCCUUGAGAGGAGGAAAAACGGGAUCGGCGCCAAUUAGUGCAGCGUUUUGCUUCGCUUUCGCUGAAUUUUCGUGGAGAUUUUUCGGUUGGUGUCUAUUGUUGGAUGGCCACUGGUUUGGCGUGUGAUCAACGACCGAUCCCGGGAACGAUCCCGGAAAGUGUAUAAUGAGUAAAAAGUGUUGAUUUGUGGUGAGUCGCCUGAUUCGGUUUCUAUUUUGGCUGGACAGAAGAUAAUUGUUCCCCCGCGUUUGCUUGUUCGUUUUGGCAGUGAGAGUGCCAGUCAUAAUUCUUAACACUUGAGGCGUAUCGCUUCGGCUUUUGGCUUCUAAGUAUCCGGCUUAUGAGGGGAUCGUACAUGUGCUUGCGCCGGAUUUGAGCCACAGAAGAAAAGUGCGCUUAUGAGCUGCCGUAGGAAUAAAAGUGCCGUUAGAUUGUUGCGCUAUUGAAGAACUUGAAGCGCUGAAUUGCAAAGAGUUAACUGUGGAAACAUCGAAAUUGCACAGCAUUCAGAUAAAGUUGUUCCAUUUAAUGUUCGGUUUUGAAACAACAACAACAACAACGAAAAAACUUCGCGAAAACCUGGUGAUAAAAGUUGAUCCACUUAGUUGGGAUGCAAGUUAUUGGUGAACCAUCAAACUUCGAUAUUCGACAACUUUAAUUUGCUGUGUUGAGGGAAUGAAAAUUUAAACUACCCGGAGAACAUCUCUGUUCGAAAUUAAGAAAUUAACCUACUUGAAGAAAUAGUUUCCCAACACGUGCCUGAUCCUCGUACUAAUAGAUCAAAAUCUCGUCUCGAAGGCCCCUCUCGAGUGUUAAACAGAGUGCGACUAAAUCAUUCAUCACAUACAUUCGUUCGUUCAUACACACAUUUUCCCCCAAGCCGAUUCCAUCAUAAGUAUGUGUCCACGUCCAGGAACGUGAUAAAGAAAAGUGGAAAAUUAAGCACCAGUGAUUAAAGUUAACAGUUAGCUUAAAAAAAGAGAGAGAAACAAGGCGAAAUCAACCUGUACAGUGUGUUGUGUUAUCAUCGAAGCCGUCGUGAGUGUGUAAAAACUAGUGAUCUUCACCUGUUUUGCUGCGCGGAAUUUUGGCCGGCCGAUUGGAAGUUUGUGCAAAAAAUUGACCCUGUCAUACCGCCAAGAUUGCAGAAACGAGAAAAAAAAACAACAGAAGCUGUCAAACGUUUUCUCUGGUCGAUAACCUACCCCCGGAUGAAUUAAGGUGUCCAAUCAAUCAUUGCCCAACAAUAGUCAGACGGGCAGAACGCUGCAUUCCGGAACAGCGAAAAGUAGUAAGAAACGUUGUCGAUAGUUGAAAGUGAAGACCGACGAACAAAAAAAAAAGUUCGCCAGAACCAGGCGUUCCGGAUUCGGAAACCAGGAAACAAAAGCGCACGAAUGGUUGCGACAGUACGUGGCCGGAAAUGAGAAAACCCCACCGAGCGAAAGAAAACUAGAAAUUUCCACCGGCCUGUGAUGAAUUUAAUAAGAUCGCCAUUUCACCGUAGAUGUUCAGUUCCAAAAUGAUAACAAGAUCUUGGCGUUGUUCUCAUCAGAAGCAGCAUAAUCCAAAGCAGCAAUCCCGGCUGGAUUGAACCAUUCGUUGAACAAGCGCUCACCCACGCAUCGCCGGCGCGAGAAAUAGUGCACGAAAUUAGUUAGGUGCUGCCCCAUGCGCAAAUGCCCGCCAAUAAUCGAUCACCGAGAUCCCCCUAAAGAUACUUCCAAAUGCCCGGGACCAGUUAACCGUUUGCAAUUUUUUGUUUGAUUUUCGUUACAACUGGUUCGACCGUUGGGUGGAGAAGAUUUUUUUUUUGUUUCUCGUUGUUUAAAUUUGUUACACCGUUGUUAGUUAAGAAAAACCCCCCGUUAGUUGAUUAGUGUGUAAGACUCUCGAGUAUCCCGCAAACUUUUUCUCCGCGCGCCACCACUAUGGAAUCGUUACGAAUAUCGUUAAGUUUGCUGCUUUCGACGCUGCUCUUCAUCCGCUUUGCCGCCGGCCAGUGUCCUUGGCAGCGGGAGGUGCCGGAUCUGCAAACCACGUGUCUAUGUGCCUACAACCUUGGACAGGAGCUGUCCGUGCAAUGUGAUCAAGUCGACUUUCCCACCCUAGUGGACGCCUUAGAUAAGUACGCCCGAACGACGCCCCUCGAUCUGCUGUACGUCAACAACUCAACGAUCGAAAAGAUAGACGCGGGCGUGUUCGAAAACCUGCGCCUGUUCAACGUACAGCUGAGCAGCUGCAAGAUCCGCAGAAUAGACGAUCUCGCCUUCCGGGGUCAGGAAAAUAUUCUAAAAAAUCUGAACCUGCAAGACAAUCUGCUGGACGAUGUGCCGAUCCGGGCGUUGAAGAUUCUUAACAUUCUAAACCUAUUGGAUCUUUCCAAGAACCGUAUCAACACUAUUCCCAACGAUGCCUUCAACGGCUUAACGAAGCUGUCCACCCUUAAGCUAAGCGACAACAACGUAACUCUGGCCCCGUUCGCCUUCCGUGGACUCGAAACCAGUCUCAAGAAUCUUAACCUGAAGGGGACCAAGCAGAAGCGGGUACCGGAAGCGGUCCGAGGCCUCAAGACGCUCGCCUUCCUCGACCUUUCCCAGAACGGCAUCCGAGAACUGCCCGGAGUCGGUGGAAUGCGAACCUUCGAAGGCCUCGAAUCACUGACCGCUCUGAAUUUGGAGCGAAAUCUUAUUCAAAACCUAGGCGAAACGGCCUUCUCCGGUAUCCGGAAGACGCUGAGCUCACUCAGUUUGCUGAACAAUUUACUGGCGGAGUUCCCAGUUGGAGCAAUUCACUCAUUGAGAGAAUUGAGGGUGUUGGACAUUGGUUUCAAUUUGCUUACCGCCCUGCCAGAAACAGCUUUCCGAGGAAAUCCGGCCGUAACGCUGCUGGCUCUUGAUGGAAAUCCACUUCCCACGGUACCGGAGAAGGCUCUUCUGCAUCUGAACCGAACCCUUCGAGGGCUCUCCUUGGGUGGCAGAUUCCUACACUGCGACUGCAAACUGCGCUGGGUUGCCGAGUGGAUCAGGAAUGGUGAUUUACAGGUCACCUCACGUGAACGGAACCCCCAGUUCUGCGGAUCGCCGAGUCGCUUCCAUGAUCGUGGUUUCUACUCAAUUCAACCGGACGAGCUCACCUGCCCGGAUGCCGAGGUCAGUCUCGAGGGACCGGUUGGAGUGGUAGAUUCGCUCCUACCAAGAACGACAACCACUGCACGACCAACCACAUUUCUGACCACCCUAUCGCCGAGCUCGGCCGGAGCGUCAGCGAAUAGCACCAAUACUAUCAGUAGUAGCACCACAGCACUCACGACGCUCUCUCCGACCACUAGCCCUUCCACUUCCCCUACUCCACCCUCCUCCUCUCCUUCCUCGCAAGAAACUGCUCCGCCGAGUUCGACGACAACCACCGAUAGCACCACUACGCUAACGACUACGACGCAGUCCACCACUAAGCAAAGCACUUCGACGCAGACCUCCACCUCCACUACGAAAGCUAGCGUUACGAAGAACUGGCGCAACAAUAACAAUUCUCCCUCGCACAAGCAGCGGCCGCCGCUAGUGCUCGGCUAUCCACCGCAGCGGGGCACUCAGAUCGAUGACAGCAAGGAGGUUCAGGUCAAAAAUGCCUUCAGUUCCAGACAAGACAGCUCGGUCAUCAUCCAGUGGGACUCGGACACUGCCAACAUUCUAGGGUUCCGUGUUGUUUAUCGUCUCUUUGGCGAUAAGAACUUCAAACAGGGCCCACCCCUAGAAGCCAGUGAACGGGAGUUCAAGAUCAAGAACGUUCCACCGGCUGAGUGCAUCAUCGUUUGCGUCGUUUCGCUAGAGGAAAUCAACGUUUCGCCAGAUACCGUGCCUUACCAGCAGUGUCGAGAGGUGCGAACAGUCGCAUCGCCCGCCUCCAACAUGGACAAAAUCACAAUCGCCGCCAGUGCUGCCAUCUGUGGUACCAUCAUCGUAGCAGUCAUUGUUUUCAUCGCUGCCAGCAGGCUUCUUUUCAGACGUCGCUCCAAGCAAAUGCAGUCGCUGUCGCAGCAGAAAGGCACGCUACCGAUCGCCGGGCUUCCGGUGAACUGCUGCGGACCCACCCCGAGCCCCAACGGACCACUGGGAUCGCUGGCAACCCUGUCCGCAUUCAACUCGCACAAGAAACCAACCACGGAUGACGAAAGAGAGCGAUUUUGGUAGAAAAAAUACUGUUUUUUUUUGGAAAACACCCCUCCGAAAAAAUCUAGAAAUUAGUUAAAGUAAUAGACCUAAACCUGUAAAUAGUAGCUAAAGGAAAAAAAACUAUUGACAAUUGUAACAAAUGAAUUGACUUGAAUUGUGUGCUUUAGGUGGGAUAAAUAGAAGGCAGCAAAUGCCAAUAACGAAACUAGUUAACUAUUCUAAAAGCAAUAAUUUUAGCGCAAGGAUGUGCCUAAACAGGAAAGCAUAACUGAGUUUGCCAGUUGCAAAAUUGCGAAAGUUGAUUUCGAAUUGAUUCGAAACAGAAGACUUUUAAAGAAAGCCUAACUAUCGUUUGAAGAAAAAAAAAUCGAAACAGUCUUUCCUCAAAAGACUUUCAAAUAUUCGUUCGAUCCCCUCCAGAAUACCCGAGAUGCCGGAAAAUCAAAUUUCCCUCAACUUUUUCUCGCAGCUGAACUGAUUCGUCCCACCCUUUCGAAAUCGGAAUGGUUCAAUGAAAAUUCAACCGAAAGAUUGAAACAAGAUUCAUCCAGAGUUCAAACGAAGAAUGUAAAAACAAAAAAAAAUCUUCUCUACUCUCAAUACAAACUACAAGCGCUUUGCCGGUACAAUUUUUGAUUUGGAUUUUUAUUACAUCAUCUACCGGUUUCAAGGAGUUUUUUCGGGAAAAGCCGGGAAAACUUUCCCGGUUUUCCAGGCACGACGACGACGAGAUUUCAUCACAUCUCUUGCCGAUAAAACAAAAUCACCUCCCCGAAAUCCUGCCUAAGUUGGAACCAACUUCAGUUGUGCGUAAGAGAUGAGACGUUGCGGCGAAAAAAGUUUUCCCCCGUCUAAUCCCCGACGAUGUUGUUUGUGUAAUUAAAUUUGACUUACUUCCCUCUCCAUAUGUGGAUGAAAUAAAGUGAGGAAACAUUGCUGGGUUAGAGAAGUAAUUUCGAUGGUUCAAUUCACUUGUGGGUCGACUCGAGAAACGCUUAAAGUUUUGGUUGGAAUAUGCGAUGUUUAGAAACGUUUGAUUGAACAUCGAGGUUUUUCAGGGUCGCCAUGUAGUUGUUUGAAAUUAAUGAAUAAACUUACUUAAAGAUAAAUUGGACAUAAUUGUUCAAAAUAGAAAGAAAUUUUUAAAACAAAUAAUUCAAAUAAUUUAUUCAAUUUUAUAAAGUGGAUUUAAAAAAUUUUAUGAUUUUUUUUUGAAUUAAUAAAAAUCUUUAAAACGAAUCAAAAUUUGUAGAAAAAAUUCAAAAUUUAAAUCAAAUGAUUAAAUAAAUUAUCCUUGAAUUUUGAUAAUUGUUAUCAUUUUUUCUUCUGAGGACAUUCUUAAAUGGAAAGAACCAUCAAAAUUAUACCUCUAGCCCAUGUUUUCUACCAAACCGUGAGAUUCACCCAAAACUGUAUCAAAUAGACAAAACAGACCAUUAGACCAGAAAAUUAGAGGAAAAAUCAACAGUUCGAACGAUACGGUGUAGAGCAAAAAAAAAAUACUACUACUUGUACAGUCGUGAAAAACGAGCAAAUCUUACUUGUACGAUAAGCCUAGCAAAUGUUUAUUUUUCCAGAAAAUAAUCGCAAAACGAAAUACUUGAAGCAAUACUCAAACCGAACAUAACAAGCUGCUAGACAUUAUAAGUGGAACUACUUAAUCAAUUAACAACACACACGAAAGUGCGAAAGUUAUCAUCUUACAGAGUAAGUAGUGUAGUAUAAGUUAAGGCGCACCGCCACGUGGCAAAAUAAAAUUCACAUUGUACAUUGUAUCAAACUAAUCGACAGCAACUAUAAUCAAAGCGAUUCUCCUGAUUAGCUGCGUGAAAUUGUGAAAUUAUUUAAUUUUUUAAAUGCUUAGUUCAAUUUACAUUCCCAAACCAUAUUAGAUGCUGAUUUAAUGUUAGCAAAAUUGUCGAUUGGAAGACGAAAAACAUAUAGAAAAAAAACACCAAUAAAUCGUAUAUAUCGAAACUAAUCAUUAAAAGUGUACAUUUGCGUUCUUCUUUUUCCCUUCUCCGUUUUGAGACUAAUGUCAGGUUUUCUAUCUUAUGUUAUCGUUUUUUCCGCGAAUUUUCCUUUUCCUGGAUUGGAAUUCGUAGCGUGUUAGAUGUAUAAAAAUGUGUGCGUGAAAUUUUCAUAGUAAUAUUUAUGUUUAUGUUACGUUGGAAAACUUGACAUUACGGUGGAAAAACGAGAAAAACACAGUUGAAAGUUAACAUUCGAACAAAACGAAAAACACCUAGGCUAUAAGAAAAGUGGAUAGAGACAAA